AUGGGAGGAAAAUCCAGCAAACAGAAGCGGAAAGAAAGUGACAAAGAGGACACCGGAAAAGAUAAAAAGGAAGAGACUCCGGCUGAAGCAGCUCCAGCUGAAGCUAAAGACGCCGAAGCUAAAGAUUCUGAAACUAAAGAUGCUGAUUCGGAAAAGCCGUCAGAAGAUGCAAAAGAGGAUGCUACGACAGAAGCUCCGAAAAAAGAGGAAGCAAAACAAGAUGCUCCAAGUGAGGCCCCCGUCCAGGAAGAGGUUCAAGCCAAAGUGGAAGAACCUGUAGAAUCGGCUACAAAAGCUGAACCAGAGCCGAAGCAGGAACCAGCAAAAGAGCCAGCCCCUGCUGCCCCAGAACCGGAACCAGAACCGGCCAAGGAACCGGAACCAGCACUGGAAGAGGAAAUCAUCGAAGAGCCGGCUGCUCUCCCAGAACCAGAACCUCUACCAGAAGCCGUUGUGGAGGAGGACAAAAUUGAGGAAGUACCCAUGCCCGAGGCUGUUGUAGAGGACACUAACCCUGCUGAAGUCAAUGAAGAAACAACAGCAGCAACAGAAGAAACUGAUGAUGAGAAGGUGGCUGUAGAAAUCCGGUGGAGCGAAGAAGGGGACAAUGUGCUUUUGGCUGGAUCUUUCAACAACUGGUCAGAAAAUGUGGCGCUUACAAAAACAGAAGAAGUUUACCUUUUGAAUCUUGAUUUGGAAGUUGGGGAAUAUCUGUACAGAUUUUUGGUUGAUGAUGUCUGGAAAAUCAAGAAAAAUGAGCCUGUUAAAAUGAAUGACAAUGGUGACGAAUGCAACGUGUUGAUAGUUCAAAAAGCCUGA